AUGCAGACAAGCCUACGGACAGAUAUACAAGCGGAACUGGAACAAUUUGUGGCACAUAUGGAACAUGACGACAUAGACAGCUAUGCAGCUAAUUGUAAAAACACGGGUUAUACGCGUGAGGGUGGGGGCCAAGACUUCUUCAAACAUAACGAGGGAGACGAACUUAUUUGCAAACUCAUGUCAGGAGCAUUAUUUUUCAUGAAUGCGAACAGUUGGACUAAGCGGGGUGGGAAUAUGGUGGUCAGUAAUGAUGAUGAACUGAAGGACUAUGUGCGGUGUGCCAUAGUAAAUAUAUUUAUGUACAUAUUGCUGGCAUCUCCAUGCAGAAGUCAAAUGGGUGUAUAUUAUGCAUGGGACACUGUGACCCAGAUGGAGGGGAUUAUGGGUGGAUUAAUUACAGAGGGCAAGUGCAAGCGGGGAGUGUUUACAGACAUACAAACACAGGAAUUCGACAUGGAGAAACAGAUUACGACCUGGUUAAAGAACAACCCGAGCUUGACUGAAAAAAUUGAAGGGCCAGCAAUAAAAAGCAAAUGCACGCAAAGAUUACAGGACCUCGUAAGCGGAACCACGGGUACACAUGCCAUGGAUGACAAAAUACAACUGCAGACAACGCAGACGCACGUUAUAGAGGACUUACGGCCAGAGACCACGGUAUUGGUUCGGGAGGUGCCGCCGCAGCUCAUGCAACCGGCGCGGGAACAUGCUACAUCCCCAAAUCCUGACUCUCCCGCCGACGCAUCGCACGACGACGAUGAGGACGACGGCGAUGAGCAGGAGGACGUGAAUGGUGCCGCGCCAAAGCCCGGUGCGGCCAAACCAGCAAACAGUAAAACGGUGCAGCCGACAACCGGGGACCAACCAUCAGGGACAGGAACACCUCCAGGACAGGCAAGAGCAGAUGAGUCAGCAGGAGAGGACCCGGCAGUGACACCGCCGGGUUCACCACCGUCAUCGCAACCACAAGCACCUGCAUCCCCAGUAUUACCACCUGCACCAGAGGGAUCAGCAGAGGGACCAUCAAAGGAACCACCGGCGGCACCAGCAGGGCACCCUCAGGCCCCGGCAUCGGCCAACACGAACGAUGCGGGUACUACGUCGCAGACCGCUACGACAGCUGACGGUAAGCAAUCACAGUCUACCUGCGUGACCCACAUUAACGACAAUAAGAUCCAUCAGACAGCUGAAGGCAACAACGCUGUGAGCGUCGGAAUCACUAUCGUGGAUUCCUCAUCCACUGGAUGCUCAGGAAGUGGUACCCCAGGUGAAGAUCCCACAAAAAGUAACAGUGUACCAGAGCCUCCCGCAGCAGCGCAACCAGCCGCAGAAGCACCACCGACAGCAUCAGAACCAGCAGAACCAACAGAAACAGCAACUGGAGCAGCAGGAGGACCAGCUGAUGGUACUAUCCAAGGUACUGUUGCAGCAGUUACCCCUAAGAACAAAGGGGAUGAUCCUCCUAGUGCCCCGAGCCGUGGUGACCACGUGGUAGAUGGCGGUAAUGAUGACCCCCCUCCUCUCAAUCCGCCCAAACCCAAACCGAACCCGAACCCAAAUCAAUCGGGUAGUAGUGGCGGCAUCAGUGAAUCCGGUAGUUCCGCAGCAGGCGGUGGAGCAGCUGGAAGUGGCGGAGGUGGAGCAAGUGGAAGUUCCUCAUCCUCUCCUUCAGAACCCUCCAGUUCAGGUUCCGCUGAAAUCUCAAACCCGGGUUCCUCCGGAUCAGCAUCUCCAUCUACCCCGCAAACUCCUCAGAUUCCUUCCACUGCCCAGAAUGAUCAGCCUGCACAGAACAAACCAGGAGAAGGCGGAGUCGCUGGUGGCGGCCUCAGAUGGGAAGAUGUCAAGCCGUACAUCCCCGCGAUCAUUCCCGCGGUGGUUGGCAUUGGGAUCAUUGCUUUUUUCCUAUGGAAGUACUUUGCGUACCUCGCCAAACGACGACGAACAUAUCGAACCGUGCGUGACGUGCCGUCACCUCCACUCGACGAAGAAAUUCUAGACCAUCUACAACGCGGCGAGCCGCCACCCGAUUACGGGUACACGAUGAUUAGGGAUACGCGGCCCGGCAGAUUGCCCGCCGCACGACGACGACGUCAACCGCGCGUGAAUCGCCGCACGAUUAUCGAGCUACACUUAGAAGUGCUCAACGAAUGUGAAGCGACCGAGUGGCAACACGUCAAAGAGGACUAUUUGCAGAUACUUGUGCAAGAGUUUAUGGGGGGCAACAACGGGCACAGUAGUUUCCCGGAUGCUCCUACCACAAAGCAGGGUUUAUCAGGGAGCAAUGUUUCGUCCACUGACUCCGACGGCAAAGAUCCAUGUCCACGUAACGAAGACGACCCCGAUCCAUGCAGUUGCAUGGAAACUAUACAGUUAGAACCGGGCCCUUGUCGACCUCAUGAUCCCGAUGCAUGGAGUUGUAUGGAAACCAUACCGUUAGCAACGGACCCUUCUGCUUCUAACGACGAGGACUACGAUCCUUGGAGUUGUAUGGAAACCAUACAGUUAGCAACCGACCGUUGUCCACCCAAUGAGGACGACCGAUGGAAUUGUAUGGAAACUAUACAAUUACAAACGGGCCCUUGUCGACCUAACGCAGAGGACCGAUGGAAUUGUAUGGAAACCAUACAGUUAGAUACAGCACCCGACGCGCACUCCUCCCCGCGGAAUGAAUGCCCGAUCCCCGACCACACUAAUUGGAUUAACUGGAUUGACCGCCACAAACAUAUUGUGCGGGCGUGCACGGGGCAACCGUGGUUUAAUGCCCUCAAAUCGGAAUGGAAACAACACCUACGUGAUCACAUGGUGGCAAACGAGGAUAACGGAGUAUACGGCCAUAGUGAAUUCGUGGACAAAGACGUAGAAGUGGAAAAAGCCAUGGCCGCAGAACAUAUGCUACGAGUGAGAGAUUUACCGCGCUCGCAACUGCAUCAGCCACCGCAUAUGAAAAAACGGUUAACCGCUAAAACAUGGAUACUGCUCCUUGCAUUAGUCAUAGAACAGUGCGAGCUCGAACGCAAUUUGCAGGAGACGGAGUCAUAUGUGGAUGACCUAUUGGACAAGCUCUGA